CUCCGCCCCCUUCCUCUUCUGUUCCGACUUUUAGGAACUUCAGACUGUGGAGCCUUUUGCGCAAAAGCGCGCAGACAUUCUCUGUGAAUUAGUCGCGAGAGAACUUUUAUCCAUCGAAGAACAUUUAGCGGAGACUCACGUUGCAGAGACGCUCAUUUUUGCCGUAGCUACAAUGAAAACGUAAAUCAUUUUGGGGGAAAACCUGAUUUCCCAAUGCGCAAACCGCCGAAGUCAAAUGGAUUUGAACGGGGUUUUCCCUCGCGAACAUGUCUCGCGCCGCGCCGGACUGAUGUUUGAUCUCCGGUGAAAGAUGUGGAAAGACGAAUAUGAUGUUCAUUUCGACCUUCUUUUGGGAAUUCUUGAUGCCAACCUCACAGAUGUGCUGUGCGACUCAGACUCAGAGCUGGGCAGCGUUGACACCCUGGAGAGGGGCAGCACAGAUACUCUCGCCAAUGGUUGCCGCAUCGACACGGAUGCUGCCAAACGACUGGCUAAGCGGCUGUUCUACCUGGAGGGCUUCAAACGGUGUGAUGUUGCACGACACCUGGGCAAGAAUAAUGAAUUCAGCCAGUUGGUGGCAUCAGAGUACCUGAGCUUCUUUGACUUCACAGGGUUGUCCUUAGACAGAGCGCUGAGGAACUUCCUGAAGGCAUUUCCUCUGAUGGGAGAGACGCAAGAGAGAGAACGUGUGCUGGUACACUUCUCCAAGCGCUUCUGCCACUGUAACCCAGAAGAUCUCAACUCAGAGGAUGGAGCUCAUACACUAACUUGUGCACUUAUGCUUCUUAACACAGACCUGCAUGGACACAACAUCGGGAAGAAGAUGUCAUGUCAGCAGUUCAUUAGCAAUCUGGACGGCCUCAAUGACAGCAAAGAUUUUCCCAAAGAAUUACUCAAGGUGCUCUAUAACUCAAUAAAGAACGAAAAGCUGGAGUGGGCGAUAGAGGAAGAGGAGUUGAGAAAGAGCCUGUCGGAGCUAGUGGACGGGCAGUGCGAGGUGGGGGGGAAACGGGUUGUCAGGGUAACGGAUAGCAGUAACCCUUUCAUCGCCAUUCCAAUUGUACUCAACGCUGCAACGUACAAACAUGGGGUUCUGACGCGAAAAAGCCAUGCAGACAUGGACGGCAAACGCACCCCAAGAGGACGCAGAGGCUGGAAGAAGUUUUAUGCUGUGCUGAAGGGAAUGAUUCUUUACCUGCAGAAAGAUGAGUAUAAGCCUGAUAAUGAUCUGUCAGAGGUGGAUCUGAAGAAUGCGGUCCGUGUUCAUCACGCACUGGCUACAAGAGCCUGUGACUACAGCAAGAGAGGAAAUGUCCUGAAACUGAAGACUUCUGACUGGAGGGUGUUCCUCCUGCAGGCACCGAGUGAGGACGAGAUGAUGUCAUGGAUUUUCAGGAUAAAUCUGGUGGCAGCUCUUUUCUCAGCUCCGGCUUUUCCUGCUGCCAUCGGCUCCAUGAAGAAAUUCUGCAGACCGUUGCUGCCUUCAUCCACAACAAGACUCAACCAGGAGGAGCAACUGAAGUCCCAUGAGAACAAACUGAAACAGAUCUCUUUGGAAUUGGAGGAACACAAGAGAAGCCCACCAGAUCUGACGCCCAAGAAUAAAGAAUCAGAAGAAUAUCGAAUCAAAGAGCACUAUUUAACCUAUGAGAAAUGUCGUUACGAAACAUACAUCAGUCUCCUGCAGGCGAAGUUCCGAGCAGGAAGUGAUGACCUGGACAAGAUUGAAGCCAGUCUGUUCAAUGUGGAGGGGAAGGAAGGCUACCUGCGUAAAACUAAAUCCAGCCCGUCUAUAAGCCAAGGUCACGGGGUCAACGGACGGGUUGGUCAUAAACACGCUCCGGAGCACAAUAGCUGAACGGCUUUGUUACAUUGGCCUUUGAACUCACGUCUUAGACUGAAGUCAGACCCGGACUGCAGUGGGAUUGGAUAAAUGAGACGCACUCAUUUCUUGAACCGACUAAAAUACAAACGUAGCAUUACAAUGUCCUUAUUUUAAUGUAAGGUCAAUUUAUUAUGACCAUUAUAUGUAUUAUUAGUAUUAUUACUACAACAAUAAACAUUGUUAAUAAUGCUAUAAGCAUUAUGUGCCAAAUACGAAAGGAAAGGAGACCAAGACUGUAUUGGAAAAGAAACGGUGACACAACAAUGCAUAUAAUGUCAAGAGAAAGGGAAAUUUCAUGUUGCUAAGAUGAGUUGCACUAUGACAUCAAUCUGCUGCAUGUUGAUGAAACAAGGAGAUCCGUUUUGAUUACAGUAAGGAGCAUGUUAUGAAGGUAUAGAGGACUUUAUUAUGACAUCACAAUCAACCUACUGCGAUGUAUUAGAACUUAUUUUAUUCAUGACAUCACUUAACGGCACAAUGUGUUUGACACAUUAACUUUCUUUGUGACAUCACAAUAUGUGGCUGUGUGCAGUAAUGGCUUCCUGAUGGACAGGUCAGGUUUAGAUGUAGCAUUCGGUUUACUCAUGAGGUGGCGCUCGUCUUAUCAGCCUUAUUAAGUAGCCAGUUUAAGGGCUUUGCCACACGCUGGGUGCAUGUAAAGAUCCAUGUAGUAUUAACUGACCCCUUGUAAUUAUUUAUUAUGUUAUAUUUAUUAAAUGUACAAUUAUCCAUUUGGGAAAUAUAGUGGAUUAUGGGAAUACAUUUGUAAAGAUGAAUACAUUGUAACCUUAAGUAGUUUACUAAGUUUAACCCUGUACCAUUGUUUUAUAAUGCUCUGCUAAAAGCUGAUGAUCAAUAUUGUAUCCAGGGAUAUGUUGAAUGGAAUUUUCCAGGUUCAAUACAAGCUGAGCUCUAUCUACAGGAUUUGUGGUAUAUAUGUUGAUUACUACAGGAAAUUAUUUCGACUAGUUCGUCAGUUUAAAAGAAUGCAAAUAUAGUGGUUAUUACGGCAGGGCCAUGAACAUUGAGGCUUUAAAAAAAAAUAAAAAAUAAUGUUUUCUAAAUUAUCCUUUUUUCUUAUAUGUAGUGGGACUACUAUUAUAAGCAGAUGACCUUCUAGUUGUGCUGAUAUAAUUCCUGUGUUUUAUCCCUCAGAGACCCAAGCAUGGAAUAUUUAUUAAGUGUUUUUAGGAAGCCACUGGUAUUAAAAAUGAUGAAUAUUUAUGAAUAUUUUGAGGUGAAUCUUGGUCAAAUAUUUCAAAAUUGCAACGCUGGGCAUUUAGGGUUGCAAAAAUGUUGCCACAGUUUUUUUAGACAGUAAGGGGAAAUUCUGAAUUAACAAUUCAAUACUCAAAGUAUGUGAAAAAUAUUUAAUUUUAAGCAGUAAGGGCAAAUUCACAAACAUUUAUGACAUUUUACUAUUUUAAACUAAUGAGGCCUAUUGAUAUUAAUGAUAUAUUUGCCAGUGUAAUCAAAAUAAUACAAAAUACCCAUCAUCUCUAUGUAAUGUAGCAUAUUUAAUAUACCAUCAAUACUAUUGAAAUUGCAUUUCUGAAAAUAGAAAAAUGCUCUCAAAUGUAUGAAAGUUGAUAUUUAUGGGAAAUAUAAUAAUUUUUAAAUAGGUAAACAUGUUGGGAAAAAAAAAGGUCAAAACCUUGCUUGGUAAAUGGCUAAAUUUGUUCCAAAAGUGGCUAACAGUAUUUUACAGUGUCCUUGUUAUGCAUAUUACAUUUAUUGGUAUAGUAAUAACAGUCAAUUUUAUUUUUUUAAGCAACUAAACCUAUAGUAAGUACAUGUUGUCAAUUAGUAAUAAUCAGUAAUUACUUGUGUAAUUACACUGUGACAAGGAAAGUGUAACCCAAAAGUGUUAAAGCAACUGUGUCAGCGGGACAUGACCUUUUUGUGUGAAUUUAGAUAGAGUUAUUUUUCCCUAAAUGACAAUAAAUGUAGUAAAUAACUGUUAAAUGUAGUUUGUAAUCCAUACAAAAUUGAAGAUUUUUGUAGUGUAUUUUAAUUUAUUGUAUUUUUUAACAGCAGAUUUGGGUUUUGAUUUUUUUUUAGAGGUGGAAAUUCUUGUAAAUAUUCUGAAAUGUGGCUGUAAGUUGGCAACACUAGUGAUUGGCCAAAUGCUAAGUUUGACUAUUCUGAUAACCUCUAAUCUGUUAAAAAUCCAAAUAUUCCAGUUCCAUACAAAUAUGCUAUGCUGGAUCUCUGAGGGUUAAGAAAAGGUCAUUCUCUUGUCUCUUUGUGUGCAGAAUGAAAAAGUUACAGGGUUUACUGGCUUUACGUGGUCAUGACAGGAGUUAAAAAUAUUACAUAUUAAUAAGUCUUUUGACUAUACUGUCAAAGCAUUACCUUGCCCCUUUCUUCCAUUUGAAAUGCCUUGUUUUAAGCACAAUCUUUGCUUUUAAAGAAAAAACACAGAGGGAAUGUGUCAAAAUCAAUUUCUGUGGUAACCAACAUUGUGCUAUAAAUGCUGUUGAUAGCACUUUAACUCUAUCAAACCUGUUGGAAGUGUUGAAAAAUACAGUGUCUUAACUCGGGACAGGGUAUAGCACUGAAAGAGACAUUGUAAAUUCACGUGUAUUCGCUCAAAAGUUGUAUGCAAAUGUGCAUCAGUGAUGAAGAUGAAAACAUUUUAGACUCAAAGCAACCUCCUCAUAUUCUUCAUUCAGUGGACCACAAAGCAUCUCUCUAUCAUGUGUCUCUAUGUGCCUGCAGAAAUGACUAGGACAGAACAUUGAGCAGCAGGACUGCAUGCUACACACCAUCAUUUCCAUCACUGUGUACUGAAACACAGAUGGAAAGCAUCUUUUAAAAAGGACUAUCAGUAUCACAAACCAAUGCUGAAAAUGUAUUGCUUUAGAAGAACAAACUGGUACAAACUUUGUUUGAGCAAGUGCAAGUAGAUUUUUAUUGUCCUGUUUCCAAGCAUGAAGACAGUAAAGAAAGUAAGGAAAGGAACUUUUGGCUCUUUUAUGGGAUGUGGAAUGAUAUAAGAGCUGCAAUUUUAUACAUUCUUAGUAAUGCUUUCUUAAAGGGACCUCUCUAUAGCCUAAUUUUUGCUUUGGCUGUUGUGCUAACAUAAUUUUCCCAUUUAGGGUAGAACUCAGAUGCUGUUGAAAUAAAAGAU